UCAGACACCGCAUCUGUGCUCCGUGCCAAGGGACUGUGCAGAGGCAUUCGACACCCGCAAAGGAGGAAGGUGUUGUGAUCCCGUCCCCAACUGGAGAGAUGAAGCUGCCCCUGCUGCUGCCCCUCCUGUUGGGAGCUGUCUCUGCCCGCCACCUGGGGGAUAAUGUUUCCCCUCUAGAGCAUCUGGACACCCAAGUCGACAUCAGCCAGAACUUGGACUGCUCCGGGGAGCAGAAGGGACAGCUGGCACUGCAUGGGGAGGAAAUUUCAUCAGGGGAAGAGGAGGCCGAAGCUUCUGACUGUCAAGAGACUUUCGAGGAUGAGAACGACCUAGAUUCAGACCCUGCGGCCUCAGGGGACUUUGAGGACCCCAAGGAAGAGGACACAGUUCAAUUGCAGGGCACUCGUGGGUACAAGAGCUUUCACCCUGUGUUGGUGAAGACUCCCGAGACAUUUGCUAAUGCUAGGGAAACAUGCAGGAAGUGGUACAAGGGCAACCUUGUUUCCAUCCACAAUCACAAUACCAAUUACUACCUCAGGAGUUUGUCCAGUGGGGUAAACCAAGACAAGGUCUGGAUAGGAGGGUCAAUGACUCAGUCGAACCAGUGGAUACAAUUUACAUGGACAGAUGGGACCCCUUGGAAUUAUUCAUAUUGGGCCCCAGGAGAGCCAGCGAGUGGAGCAGGAUACUGUGUGGCCCUGCACACUAAAGGGGGACUUUGGUCGCGAGUUGGUUGCUCAACAUUGCUGCCCUUCAUCUGCUCUGCAUAAGCCAGAGGUUCCGGUUCCAGUUCCAGCAGUUCCAGUUCCAGCAGUUCCAGUACCGCUGCCACCUCCCUACUCUGGAGCUACCUCCCUCUCACUGUCCUGGGGCACUUGGCUCAAUCCCUCAGCAUCUCCGUCAA